GUGAAGGAAGAAGUUAUUGAUAACGUGAUGGUGGUGGCACUUCCAGCAUUGAGAGCGGCAUAAAAAAUAUCCAAACCCAAAACUUCAAAAUCUCUCCGAUCCGCUCUACUGUCUGUGACUGCGUCUUCCAUUAACUAUUAGUACCCCCAUCUUUUUCUCAGUUUCACCCUCUUUUUCAUACCCCAAUUACAGCGACACGGGUUCAUUAACCACUUCAAAUUUUUGUUCAAUGCGGUUAUUCUGAAUUUCAAUCCUAUAUUAUCGUAGAAUCUUUGCGCUUCUAUGACAGUCUUACUUCUCUGUUCCUCAACAACCACAUGCUGUAACGGUAUGUCAUUUUGUUGUCCUUUGUCUGAUACUAAUUUCUAUGUUUUGAACAAUCAUGGGUUAUUCAGAAGUGGAACAGAUUUUGUCAAAAUGAAAACUUUUUCAAAUGGGUCAUUGUUAAAUUGGGAGAAACGUGGGAAAAAACAUUUGGGUCAUCGUGCAUUUAGGAGGACUAGAUGUAACAAUGACAAUGAUUUGGUUGUGGUAAAUGACAAGAAGAGGAAAACUAGUGUGUCUUCUGAAGAAGUUAUGUCUGUUUUGAAGUCUAUUUCGGAUUCAAGUUCUGCUUUUUCAUACUUUAAGUUAGUUUCUGAGGUACCGAAUUUCGUGCAUACCACUGAUGCAUGUGAUUACAUGCUUGAGAUUUUGAGAGAUCAAGGGAGAAUUGAGGAUAUGGUUUUUGUAUUUAAUUUGAUGCAAAAGAAAGUCAUUUACAGGAGUUUGAAUACAUACAUGGCUAUUUUCAAAGCUCUUUCGAUUAAAGGUGGGAUUGGAAGAGCGCAUUUUGCGCUUCGAAAGAUGAGGGAAGCUGGGUUUAUCUUGAAUGCCUAUUCAUAUAAUGGUUUGAUUUAUUUAAUGUUACCUAGUUUUGUUAAAGAUGCUUUGAAGGUUUACAAAAGAAUGAUCUCAGAAGGGAUGAAACCUAGCAUGAAGACAUAUUCGGCCCUAAUGGUUGCAUUAGGGAGGAGAAGGGACACCGGAACCAUUAUGAAUUUGUUGGAAGAAAUGAAGAGUAUAGGUUUGAGGCCGAAUAUAUACACUUAUACAAUAUGUAUUCGGACGCUUGGGAGGGUGGGGAGAACCGAUGAUGCAUGGGAGAUUUUUAAGCAAAUGGAUGACGAAGGAUGCGGGCCUGAUGUUGUCACUUAUACGGUUCUUAUUGAUGCUCUUUGUGCGGCAGGGAAACUUGACAAGGCCGAGGAAUUAUAUAUGAAGAUGAGAGCUAGUGAUCAUAGCCCUGACCUUGUAACAUACAUUACAUUGAUGGACAAGUUUGGUAACGUUGGUGACUUGGAAACCGUGAAAAGAUUCUGGAAUGAGAUGGUAGCCGAUGGUUAUGCUCCUGAUGUUGUUACCUACACUAUAUUUAUUGAGGCUUUAUGCAAAUCCGGGGAUGUUGAUAGAGCAUUUGCUAUGUUAGACACAAUGACAAUGAAAGGAAUUUUUCCAAAUCUUCACACUUACAACACAUUGAUCUGUGGCCUUUUGAAGGCAAGAAGAUUAGAGGAGGCAUUAGAACUUCUUGAAAAUAUGGAAUCUUUGGGUGUUAAACCAACUGCUUUUUCUUAUGUUCUUUUCAUUGAUUAUUAUGGAAAGUCAGGUGAUCCUGGGAAAGCACUUGAAACCUUUGAAAAAAUGAAAAAGAGAGGCAUUAUGCCUAGCAUAGCAGCGUGUAAUGCUUCUUUAUAUUCUCUUGCAGAGACGGGUAGUAUCAGUGAAGCAGAAGAUUUAUUCAACGAACUUCACAACUGCGGUCUUUCACCAGAUUCAGCAACCUAUAAUAUGAUGAUGAAGUGCUAUAGCAAAGCAGGGAAAACAGACAAAGCCACAAAACUUUUGUCUGAGAUGAUAAGCAAAGGGUGCGAACCAGAUGUAAUGAUAAUCAAUUCUUUGAUCGACACGCUGUAUAAAGCCAGCCGUGUUGAUGAGGCGUGGAAGAUGUUUGGGAGACUGAAGAAUUUGAAGCUAGCUCCUACGGUUGUGACAUACAACAUUUUACUUACUGGUCUUGGGAAAGAGGGAAAAAUAAAAAAUGCCCUUGAAUUAUUCAGGAGUAUGACUGAGUCUGGAUGCCCUCCAAACACGAUAACUUUUAACUCACUCCUUGACUGUCUUUCCAAGAAUGAUGCAGUUGAUUUGGCAUUGAAGAUGUUUUGUAGAAUGACAAUGAUGAACUGUAGUCCUGAUGUUCUAACAUACAACAUUAUCAUCUAUGGCUUGAUAAGAGAAGGAAGAACCCAUUAUGCAUUCUGGUUUUUUCAUCAGAUGAAGAAAUUUCUUUCCCCUGAUUAUGUAACUUUGUUCACCCUCCUUCCGAGUGUUGUAAGGUAUGGAAGGGUUGAUGAUGCAAUCAAGGUUGUAAUCGAAUUUGUACAUCAGAAAGGUUUACAGACAAAUUCAAAAUUCUGGGGAGAACUAAUGGAAUGCAUUUUAACCGAAGUGGAAAUUGAAGAAGCCAUUUCAUUUGCUGAAAUAUUGGUAUGCAAUUCUAUUUGCCAAGAUGACCAUGUAAUGUUGCCACUAAUUAAAGUCAUGUGUAAGCGGAACAAGGCCCUCGAUGCUCAAAAUGUGUUUGACAAAUUCACCAAAAAGCUGGGAAUUCACCCAACCCAAGAAUCAUACAAUUGCUUGAUGGAUGGACUUCUUGGAUCUAAUUUCACUGAAAAAGCUCUAGAAUGUUUUGAGGAGAUGAAGAAUGCAGGUUGUCACCCGAAUAGUUUCACUUACAACUUGUUGCUUGACGCACACGCUAAAUCUAAGAGGAUCAAGGAACUUUUUGAUCUUUACAAUGAGAUGCGUGGUAGGGGAUGCGAGCCUAAUGCUAUAAGCCAUAAUAUCAUCAUCUCUGCACUUGUGAAAUCUAAUAACUUGAAUAAGGCUUUGGAUUUAUAUUAUGAACUCAUGAGUGGCGAUUUCUCUCCCACUCCUUGUACGUAUGGCCCUCUUAUAGAUGGUCUUUUAAAGGCUGGAAGAUCUGAGCAAGCAAUGGAUAUUUUCAAGGAGAUGUUAGAUUAUCAAUGCAAGCCCAACAUCGUUAUUUACAAUAUUCUUAUGAAUGGAUUCGGGAAGUCGGGCGAAAUCGAUAUCGCUUGUGACUUGUUCAAAAAGAUGAUUAAAGAAGGUAUAAGGCCAGAUUUGAAAUCUUACUCCAUUCUUGUUGAAUGUUUGUGCAAUGCUGGUAGAAUUGAUGAAGCUGUUCAGUACUUUGAGGAACUGAAGUUGACCGGCAUUGAUCCUGAUACAGUUUCGUACAAUUUUAUAAUCAACGGGCUUGGAAAAUCGCAGAGAUUGGAUGAAGCUCUUUCUCUUUUAAGCGAAAUGAAGAAUGGAGGAAUUUCUCCUGAUCUUUAUACUUACAAUGCAUUGAUUUUAUAUCUUGGAAUUGCUGGAAAGGUAGACCUAGCUGUAAAGAUUUACGAGGAACUUCAACUUAUGGGUCUAGAACCAAGUGUUUUCACGUAUAAUGCUCUCAUUCGUGGUCAUAGUUUGUCGGGAAACAGAGACCAAGCUUUCUCUGUCUUUAAGAAGAUGAUGGUUGUCGGGUGUAGCCCUAACAGGCAAACAUAUGCUCAACUGCCUAAUAAAUGUUGAUUUUACUGUUAUCUCGUGUAAGUAUAUGUAACCAUUUGUUGUGUAAGUUUCUGAUAUCUAAAGGGUGACAUUAAGGUAAUUGUAAAUGUUUGAUUAGAUAAUUUAUUAUAUUAUUACUUUUGAUCA